UGAUGAAUUAUUUCCUCCAAUUAAAUUUUUUUAUUUGCAAAUUUUGAUGCACAUCCGUGAAAGGAAGACAGUAUGGACUAACAACGUAGCAAAAACGCGAACAAUCCCUGUCUUUCUUUCACUUCCACGAAUGUUGGAAGUAGUUACGAGUAAUUACAGACGAGUAAUCGUAAUAGCCAAAAUUAGACAUAACUUUGAGAAAGACACUGAACUAUAUAUUCACGAAUAAUUAAUAUCAUAAUAAGCAUUCUGACUGAGCAAAGCGACAUGCGCUGUGAAAAACGUCCUGAUAGUUUUUGAACGUGAGAACAGGUGGUUCAGUUACGAGAAAAAAGGCCCCUAUGGAUACCCAACGAGAUAGAGUUAUAGAUUUAAACAAUGUGUACGCUUGGAAUUACAACCUGCUGAAGUUUAUGGGUAUCUGGCCGGAAGAGAGGAAAUGGAACCGAUCUUCCAGUUACCUCGUUCUUUUACCAUUUCUCACGAUGAUGUGCUUCGCAUGUGGUCCACAAACUAUUAAUCUUUCGAUAAUCGCGGGUGACUCUGAUCUGGUGAUUGAGAAUCUAUCGAAUAACAUUACCUUCAUGGUUUCGAUUAUGAAGACUUUGACUGUUUGGAUCAACGGCAUACCGUUAAAGUCUCUGCUAGGAUAUAUGGCCAAUGACUGGGACGCAGUGACGACUAAUAUCGAACGAGAAACAAUGGUGAAUACCGCGAGGAUCACUAGAAAGAUUACAAUAGGAAGCACAUUGAUGGUCAACAUCGUAAUUCUCGCUUUUGUGCCUGCACGAUUGUCUAGCAUGAAAAACAACGACAUUACAUUAUUCCUUCGUGGCUAUUACCCGUACAACACUAGCAUCAGUCCAAAUUUCGAAUUGACGAUGAUCGCUCAAUACGUGGCUGCCAUUUAUGCUGCAAAUACGUACACAACUGUAGAUACUCUCGUUGUCCUGCUGAUUUUCCACGUCUGCGGACAGCUUUCGAUUUUGAGGCAAGAUUUAGGGAGGAUUGAUUCGUACGAUAAGAAAAAUAUAGAAAUGAAGAUGCAGAAGAUUGUCGAAAAGCAUGAAUAUAUAAAUAGGUUCGUAUUAAGGAAAUUUGUUAUUUUGUUGAAGAUACUAGGCAAUAUAUACAGCGAAGAGAAUAAAUUAGAGUUCGCCGGAAGGAUAGAGAAUUCCUUUAACAUGAUGCUUCUGUUUCAAAUGCUGAGUUGCACCAUUCAGAUAUGUUCUCAGUUUUACCAAGUUAUUAUGCCGAGGUACUUUUUAGAAAAGAAAAAUGAAUGGAUUGUCAUAUCUAGAGGUGGGAAAUUAUUAAAAUGGCAAUUUUUUCAGAGUACAGAAAUAGCUAAUACAGCCUAUAAUACCAAGUGGUACGAUUUACCUCCCAAGAAUGCAAGAGGGCUUGUAAUUAUUAUGUGUCGUGCCAGAUCUUCACCCUUACAAAUUACAGCAGGCAGAUUUUGUUCCUUUACUUUUGCGCUUUACUGUCAGGUCUUAAAAACCUCGAUGGGAUAUGUUUCUGUUCUACACGCAAUGAAAAAUCAAUAAUAGACGAUCCCAUACAACUGUGAAUUUUACAACUGGCCAUAAACUUGAUGAAAGAAGCGUUAAGAAAAGAAUAGUAUUUAGUAUAUAUCUCUAAAUGAUAAAUUAUAUCUCGAAGCAACGGGAAUUAAAACGACGAGACAAAAAAUUAGGCACUGCGUAAAGUAAUAAAACAAUUGAUUAUUAAAGAGAUUCCUCGGGAAACCUUGAAGAUAUUAUUUUUCCCUCUUUGUGCACAUCCAUCCUAUUCCCAUCACAUUUGUUGAGAACGAAGAAAAAUUGGCCACCAUUUGCUUUGACGACUACAGAUAAAAAAUGAGUAGGCUUCCCGGUUUGCUGGCAAAACAUUGCACUUAUGUGUAGUUUAGUGAAGUUUGGUACGAU